AUGCCACCACCACCACCGCCUCCUCCGCCACCACCAUUGCCAUCAGCACCGAUGACGGCUAGUACUGAUCGAUCUGGCAUCUUAAAUGAAAUUGGAAACUUCAAGAUAGGCGCUCUUAAAAAGACGGUUACUAAUGAUAGAAGUGCGCCGAUUAUUGGAAGUUCAACUAAUAAUAAUACGCGAAAUUCAACGACGAAUCGAUCACAUAUAAAUGAAAGAGCAAAUACUGCUCCUCUUAUUACACCAAAUCAACUUAAUCCCACAAUGUUGAAACCAUCUGCUAUUGGUGGAUCAACUGGAAAAGUUAAAAGACCAUCAAUUCCACAAGUAACUACUUCUUCUACUCCUCCUCCACCACCACCACCACCACCACCACCUGUACAUCAACCAGUUGUAAAAACACCUUCAUUUGAUCAAUCUCGUCAUGGAAUUGAUAGUGCAGUUCCAACACGAAAUUUUACUCAUCAAGCACCAAGACUUCCUCCACGUGAACCUCCACCGCCACCACCAUCAAAUGAAAGUAAACCAAAACUAGAACACACAUCAUCUUCGACAAUAGGUUGCCAACAAAAAAUUACUCGUGCUCCACCACCUCCUCCACCACCUCCAUAUUCUUCGACUAAUAAUGGUCACACAUUAUCAGAUAAUAUUUCAAAAUCUCCAAAACAAAUCAAUCCUAAUGGUCCUACUGCGCCACCACCACCGCCGCCACCACCUCCACCCCCACCGCGGGGUGUAGUUCCGACUAACAAUAAUGGUACAAUUCGUCGAGCACCUUCUGACUUUGUUGAUCAUUCAUAUUCUGAUCGACGAUACGAUCAAUCGAAUACUGCAGCACUUGAUUAUGAUCAUUAUUUUGAAGCUCGUUUUCGAUUUACUCCACUUGAAUAUCUUCCAAUACCUGAACGAUGGCAACCAUCUUCGGCACAUACAAGAUCUUCAAAACAUCAUGUAAAUGUUCGUUAA